GUCUGGGUGGGUUCAGUCACAGAAAUAACUAUUGAUGACCUCUAUGCAGAAGACAAGGACUCCUUACCAUCAGAACUGAUAUAUUCCAUUACUCCACCUAGCAAUGGAUUCUUGGCGCUGAAAUCUUCUCCAAACAAGAGCAUCCUUAGUUUUACCCAGGCUCAUAUAAUUGAAGGGCAGCUCGUAUUUGUACACAAUGGAGCAAUGUCUGGAGGCUUCAACUUUCAGGUAACAGAUGGUUUGAACUUUGCACCUCGACAGAUUUUUAGCAUCACAGCUCGGACACUAGUCGUUAGCCUUGAAGUGAACAAAGGUCUCGGAGUCUUUCCAGGUUCCAGGAAACCUAUUUCACGAUGUGAUCUGAAAGCAGUGACCAAUGAUGUGACCAACGCGGGAAACAGAACUAUAACUUUUAUGAUUGUAACUUCCCCAAAACUUGGAAGGCUGAUAAGAGUAAACUCUGGUAAUACCACUCAGGAAGUCCUCAGUUUUACGCAGUCUAUGGUGGAUGAAGGCGUGAUCAUGUAUGAGCACUUACAUGCCGAGUCAGCUGGCUGGAGUACAGAAGAUUCCUUUACGUUUACUGUCUUCUCUCCACCAUCAGCUCUGGACCUCCAGGUGUUCCAUAUUGUCAUUUCAUAUGAAAUUACCAGGCAUGACCGGAACAGUCAUCUUCUGGCAAAUACGGGUGUCAUAGUCCAGGAAGGAGGAAGAGCAUUAAUCAACAAAACAAAUUUAGAUGCAUCAAAUCUGUUGAUUAAGCUACCUGAUGUACAGCGUUCCUUGUAUGAAGUCUGGUAUCAGGUUGUAUCUUUACCCCAACAUGGCAUAAUUGUUGUUGGAGAAAGAAACGUUACCAAAGAAAAACCUAACUUCUCCCAAUACAUACUGAACAAAUUUGGAAUUGUCUAUGUACAUGAUAAUUCUGAAUCGCUUAAUGACAAUUUCACUUUUGCUGUUUGGUUAAACCUAAAGAGCAAGUCUGCAACAAAGCCCAAUAGCGAAGUUUUAGAGGAGAUGUUUAAUAUCACUGUUGUUCCAGUGAAUGAUCAAGCUCCAGAACUGAAAACUAAAAGGCUGCACUUGGAAGUCCUGCAGGGAGAUAUGUCAGUGCUGGGGUCAGAGAAUCUGAAAGUUGAAGACCUAGAUAACGCCCCAGCUGAGCUCAAAUACACUGUUGUUAGUAACCCCAAUAAUGGUUAUUUAGCAAUGAAAAGCAAUCUCAGUGUCUCUAUAAAGGAUUUCACACAAGCUGAUGUCGACAGUCGUGAAGUUUGGUUUGUUCAGGAUGGAAGUCCAUCUUCUGGAGUGUUUUAUUUCAGUGUGACUGAUGGUAAACAUCGCCCUUUAUACAAACUAUUCAGUCUUGAAGUCAUACCAGUUGCUCUUGUCCUGGUCAACCUUACCAAUGUUGCACUUCCACAGGGCCAGACAUCUGUCACUAUUACUAAUGUGCAGCUUUCAGCUGUCACAAAUGGAAAAAGCACUAACAUAAUGUAUGAAAUAACUCAGCCGCUCAAAUACGGGCACCUGAUGAUGGGAAAUGAGCAGGUUACUAAAUUUGAGCAGGCAGAUUUGUGUUCAGGAAGGCUGUCUUACCACCAGACAAAUCUCACUGCGUCCAAAGAAGUACUGGAGUUCAUGCUUUUCACUGCAGAAAGCAAUCUAACAGGACAAGUGCUGAACAUCACAGUGAAGCCUUUAGUACAAGUUGUACCUGACAUGCAGAUUUCAAAUCAAGGAGCUUUUAAGUUCAGAAGUAGUGACCUGGAUGCUUCUGAGCUAGCUAAUUUGACAAAUAGUAAUCCUAGAUUUGAAGUGAUAGUGCCGCCGUCUCAUGGAAGGAUUGUAAAGAAAAGGUUCAUGAAUGAUGCAGUGUUUGAAGAUAUUCAGACGUUCACCCAGGCUGACAUUGAUAGUGGUGUUGUGCUUCUAGACAUAGAUACAAAUAUGACGGGCAUUGAUCUCCUAAAUGACUCGUUCACGUUUAUACUCAGGGCAGAUGCUGUGCAGCCUGCUGUCGGCUGUUUUCAGUAUUCCAUCGUGCCAUAUAGCCCUCUGCUUGCGCAGGGUUUUACAGCCAAAGUGCCUUUGAUAACCAGCACUACCACUUCAAAGAUUCACACUGCCUCAAAGCAUGAGGCAUCAGCAUCCUCUCAGAAUGAAGAGCCUACAGUAGCACCACAGAAGACUGGACCAACCAUGUGGCCAGGGCAGAAUCGCUGGGGAAAUCUACAUGAGGAAGGUCCAUUGCUAAAUCUGGCAGUGGGAACAAGUGGAUCUUUGGGGACUAAGACCACAACUGAGGUUAAUGCCAGGAGUCCCAGAGAGCAAGCAGGUGAAAGCAGCAACCCUUGGUACGUCAUUAUCCCCCUGGUCCUGGCAUCUGUGCUGCUCAUUGUUGCUGUUAUUUCUGGGGUUGAGAGAAGUACAGCCUCAGCAUUCAUGGCAGUCAGACAUGAACAGCUACUUCCUGCAGUGCUUUCUCCGACUGUAGAACGGUCUCUGCAAAACAGCUGGUUAAACCUUGAUCCUGAAAUGAUCCAGUAUUGUCGAAGAACAAACCCAACUUUGAAACGCAAUCAAUACUGGGUGUAG